UUAGCCAGCCACUCAACAAACAUUUAUCGAUUAUCCUACGCGUACAGGCUACCGCUGGCUGCUGAGAUCAUGGUGGUUAGUAAACUGGUACUUAUCCAUGAAGUGGCUGGGGAGACACGUCUGGGUCAGGGGUGAAAGCUAACUAACUAAAGAUCUGUCGCGAAUGAAUAUGGAAGAAACACGGGUCGUGAGUGCAGUCGGAUCAGCCGGAUCAGCCAAGGCAUUUCAGCUCAAUGAUUCAAGUUGGCCAGCCUCAGCCAGAGAGAGGCCUGAGACCUACCAGCAGCGGACAGAAGCCCCUCCCUUCCCAGGAAUGUCUCAGCCCCACUGAAGUCGCAGGGCCACGUCAGCCAAUUGGCUCAGGCCCUGCCCUGGAAACAGCACCUGUUAAUCCCCCCUCCUUCCAGCUCACCUGGGUGCAGGUUAGGCAGGUGAAGCGUCUCCCCGGAAACAGACCUAGAGCGCCCAACCUGCUGGGUCCUGCCUGCUCAAAUCGGAUUCAGCACAGCCAGGCGUCCCAAAAAGCCUCUAAAAGGUGAGCUGGGGCUUCCCUGCCCCACUCCCGCCCCUCCUGGACUCGCAGCUGACACCUACAGGAUCGGUCUCUCCUGCUGCCGGAAGUUGAGUUCCUUGCCCGCAGUGCUAGCUUUAUUUUUACCUGGUCUUCCCCCACCCAGGACCCAGCAGUGACAGCUGAGGCCAUGUGAGUCUGAUCCUGAAUGAGGCAUUAUCUCUGACAGUUUGUCCUGUCAUCCACUGUGGCAUCACCAGCUUCCUCCGACAGCCUGGAUGGAACAGGCCACCGAGACAGCCUGAGUGAGAGGUGAGGGUAACCAUAGCCUGGACUGAGAAGAGGAGACAGGGCCUCUUGUUGGCAACCAGGUGAUGGGGACACAGGGUCACAACAAACACCCUCUGAACCCUGACAGUGAUCCUCUAUCCUGACCCUGCCUGACCAAGCCAUGUCCCAGCAAGCCUCAGUGGGCAGGGGGCUGCCCCAAGAUGUGCUGGCAGAGCAGGUGGAGCUAUGGUGGUCCCAGCAGCCCCGGCGCUCCUUGCUCUGUUUCUCCGUGGCCGUGAUCCUUGUGGCUGGCUGUGGGGCCGGCGGUGUGGCACUGCUGUCCUCCACCAGCAGCCGAUCCGGUGAAUGGAGACUAGCUGUGGGCACUGUGCUCUGUCUGCUGGCCCUGCUGGUUCUGGUGAAGCAGCUGAUGAGCUCUGCCGUGCAGGAUAUGAACUGCAUACGCCAGGCCCAGCACGUGGCCUUUCUGCGCAGCGGUGGAGGCGCCGACGCUGUUGUAGUGUUGCUCAGUGGCUUUGUGCUGCUGGUCACUGGCCUGACCCUGACUGGGCUGGCUGCUGCCCCGGCCCCGGCACGGCCACUGGCUGCCAUGCUGUCUGUGGGCAUUACCUUGGCUUCCUUAGGCUCAGUCUUGCUGCUGGGGUUGCUACUGUACCAGGUGGGUGUGAGUGGACACUGCCCUCCGAUCUGUACAGAGGCAUUCUCAACCCGAAAUGGCCGCGGUGAUAAUGGUAGCAUCUUUAGCAUCUCAGGACAGUUGUCUUCUGGCCAGCGUCAUGAGACCACCUCCAGCAUUGCCAGCCUCAUCUGACAGAGAUGGAGCCCUUCUUCCCAUGCCCUGCCUCAGUAUCCCCAGAACUUUUGGUGGACAUGCACAGGUGCACGCAUAUAUGUGUGCCCCCCUCCCCCCCCCCAUGGCAUUUCAUGAUAUGUGAUUAGGAGCUCGUGUGCACCCUCAUAUCCAUCCCAUGAGAAGGUGAGGGAUACCUCCGGGGCUGUUUGUAUCAUGGACUGUCAUGCUCUAUGCCUGGUCCUGGGGUCUCUAGGCGAUACUCAUCUGGAGUCUCUGAAGACUUGACCCAUAUUUCCAAGACCCUACAACUCCAGCCUUGCCCUAUGACAUCAUCAAGGACCUCCACAGAGGUGACUGUUGCCUAUCCAUGACGACACUAGUGAUCACUCUUCAGAGAGUGACUCUCGGCAAAGCUGAGAGAAAUGGCUUCCGGAUGAGAUGGACCUGACCGGGGAAACACCUUUGAGCUUGUAGCCUAGCAGCUGGGGCCAGUGAGAGGUGACUCAGACACUCCUGCCUCAGUUUCUUAGCUAUUGAUUCUUAGAAUUAAUUGCCUCUUGGGCAAGAUGAUUGAGCUCCUGGCAAAUGUUCAAUUCAAAGGUGACUAUAGCGAAAAUGAAAUAAAUUAUGGGGGAAAGGUGGCUGUAGUUCUGUCUGCACCAUGGCAUCUCACCUCAGAGAGAGACCCUUACCCCCGACCCCACAGCCCACUCAUCCCAGGCUAUAGAGCCCCAGACCUGGGGUUUCUCUUCUCAUGAGAGAAAGGAGAAGGGUCAAGAGGACUCCACAGGUUUGGAAAGAAACCUACUGGUGUCUGGUCCCAGAGAGAAUGGGGAGCCAGUCCUUCACAUGUGUUCACUUGCCAUUUAUGGGGAGAUUUAACCGGUGACUGUGUCUCUAGAAAUGUGCCCCUGUCCUUAUGUAUAAUCUGCCUUCUGGGAAACAAGAACGGGCUGCGAUUUGUGUGGCCAUUGUACCAGUUGGCCCACUUCUGGGUUCUGGGAACUGAAGAAGCAGUAAGUCACUUCCUGCUUGGAGUCCUCUGGAAGGGCUCUCUUUUCCCCCCUCGGUGUGUGUUUUCUUUCCAGGUGACAAGAACAUAGGUUACUGCUUUGGCCACUUCCUGCUACACAGGGUGGAGAUUACCUGAAGACAUCAGAGACUCAGAGAGACAUCUGCCUCCUGAAAGACUCGGAUGCAGGAAAAAUUUGGAGUAGUAAAAUUGUUGCUGUAAAGAAUUUACUAAUAAACUCACUUGGGGAAUCUUAA